CUGAGCUCUAUACAGACACGCAUUCAUUCAAUUGCGCGGUGUGUCUGCCCGUGCCUUUCUCUCUCUAUAUCUCUUAUGCUAUACUUCUCUCUAGCAUCAGCAACAUCGGCGGUUUCCUGCAGCUGCCGGGAAAAUUCUACGGCCGUGCGGUGUGUAAACGUCGUCGUUCGCGACAAUUGAUCGGCGUGUGAACUGAAUAAAAGGUAAGCACCGACCGUCGCAAUCGCGAAGUCAAGUCAAGCUUCAUCGAUCGAGUUGUUUUUCUGCAUUUGUUCCCGAUUUUACCCCGGAUCAACCGGAUUUCUCUUGCUCCAGAGGUAGCUCAGGGGAUCCAUAAACCUUCGUUGAAAAGAAUACAAGGCAUAUGCAAAGCUAGAUUUGUGGAAGUAAAUGCUUGCGCAGAAGAAUAACAACAACAACAACAUCCCAGUUGAAUCCCACUACAGCAACGCUGAAGAAUAAGUUGAAGUAUAAUAAGUAUAAUUUUCUUGUGCUGCAGCGGCUGUGCCAGAUAAAAUGUUGGAAGGUCCAAAAUUUGCAGGACUAAUAGAUCUAAAUCAAAAUCAUGAUAAUUAUGGGCUCUCCCAAAACUUCUACCACAAGCUCGGUGAAGGGUCAAAUAUGUCAAUUGACAGCUAUCCAAGCUUGCAGAUGAGCAAUGGUGGAGGCUCCGUUGCAAUGUCUAUGGAUAACAGCAGUGUGGGGUCCAAUGAUUCAAACACUCGCAUCUUAAACCACCAGGGUCUCAAGCGUGUUCCCAACAACUAUUCAGCCGCAGCUAGUGUAAACAAGGGGAAAGUUUCCCAUGGAUUGAGUGAUGAUGCUCUGGCCCAAGCUUUGAUGGAUCCACAAUAUGCUACAGAAGGGCCUGAGAAUUAUGAUGAGUGGACAAUAGAUUUAAGGAAACUCAAUAUGGGGCCAGCUUUUGCUCAGGGGGCGUUUGGGAAACUUUACAAGGGAACUUAUAAUGGCGAGGAUGUUGCAAUUAAGCUUCUUGAGAGACCAGAGAAUGAUCAUGAGAGGGCUCUCUUGAUGGAGCAGCAGUUCGAGCAAGAAGUAAUGAUGUUGGCAAGGUUGAAGCAUCCAAACAUUGUUAGGUUUAUUGGUGCGUGCCGGAAACCCAUGGUGUGGUGUAUUGUAACUGAAUAUGCAAAAGGAGGAUCUGUGCGGCAAUUCCUGACAAAGCGACAAAACCGAUCAGUGCCCUUGAAAUUAGCUGUAAAGCAGGCCUUGGAUGUCGCGAGGGGUAUGGAAUAUGUUCAUGGUCUUAAUUUAAUCCACCGUGACUUGAAGUCCGACAACCUUUUAAUUGCUGCCGACAAGUCCAUUAAAAUUGCCGAUUUUGGGGUUGCUCGAAUUGAAGUUCAGACAGAAGGAAUGACGCCAGAGACUGGAACAUAUCGUUGGAUGGCUCCGGAGAUGAUCCAGCACAGGCCAUACACCCAGAAAGUAGAUGUUUAUAGCUUCGGCAUUGUGCUGUGGGAGUUGAUAACUGGCAUGCUCCCAUUCCAGAACAUGACAGCUGUGCAGGCGGCUUUUGCUGUUGUAAACAAGGGUGUUCGCCCGACCGUACCAAAUGACUGCUUGCCUGCCCUCUCUGGGAUCAUGACCCUCUGCUGGGACCCUAACCCAGAUGUUAGGCCUCCCUUCUCUGAGGUGGUCAGAUUGCUUGAGGCUGCAGAGACCGAGAUCAUGACCACGGUCAGAAAGGCCCGUUUCAGAUGCUGCAUGACCCAACCGAUGACCAUGGAUUGACUGGUUAGAGAAAUUAGACGCCGAGAUUACGAGUUGUGUAUGGCAUGGCAUAUUCAAGGGCAUCCCAUUUCUUUGUUCAGAGAUAGAAAAAAAGGGGAAGAAAAGCUAUGACAAGAACUGCUGCUUUGUUUUGUGUUUUUUUUUCUUUUCUUGAUGAAUUUAAGAACAUGCUUAUUAGUGGGUAAUAGGGAGGCUUGAUAAUGUGUAUCUAUACAUGUCCUUUGUUGAUGUGAUUAAACCUUCUCUAUUUUUUUUUUAUAUUACCUGUUUGGCUUUCAUCAAAUCUGAAUAUAGCAAUGUCCUUGCA